AUGUACCACGUUCCCCGCGAUGCCGGCUCACCUCAAUACAGCUACAACAGCAGUUACCGGGAGAACAGAAGAUCGACCCCCAGCUACGCACUGAUACCGCACAAUUCCAAUCCCAAUCGCCGCCCAGUCCAGUAUGCCACUACCCGCUACCACAGCGAACCUGUCCGUUACCGCGCUGAGCCACGCUACAUUCGCUACCAUUCCGACCCACGUCUGUAUGGUGAUAGCCGCGACCAUAUUGAAUACCAGGAGCAACGAUAUGUUGUCCCACACAGCAGCAGCAACACUAGGAGGGACACACACACGCAGUACCGGACGUCGCAUACCGGUCGGAGCAGAGAGACAUAUGCCCCCGCGAGGUAUAGUCAGUACAACAACGGCCAGACACGAGCGUAUAAGUACCGGUCGAGGGAGGUUGUAGACCGGCCGAUUCCAGUCUGUGCGUGUGUUAUCAUGUAG